GAUUAAGUCUGUAGUGUGCACGAAUGCAGCUCGAUGCAGAGCAGUCAGCUCUGCAGCAGCCAAGGGCUGCGUCCCUUCCCAGCUGUUGUGGGUGUGUUGCAGGUAGGAAAAAAGAAACCCUCCACCGUCCCAGCAUGCCUUAAAAACUCAUUGUAUGCCCUGGUGGUGCAGGCAGGAGGCACAUGACUAGAGCUUCCUUAUAAGGAGCCUGGUGUGGGGUGAUGGGCCACUUCCAAUUGCAAGGCAGGGAACACAUGACAUAAGAUACUAUAGAUCUGCCUUGUGGGCGCUAGUUUAAAAAUAAAGGAUAUUACACAUCUAUGCUCAUCCUGAGAGGCUGCGGAGAGGAAAGACUGCACGAAAGCACAGACAAUGCACUGGACAACGCUGUGUGAGUCAGAUACACGUAUGGCACUUGCAGACCCCAUCCCCGCGGCUUAUCCUAAUUCAGAUGCUCAAGGGAAGUGUGAGGUGUCACUGGAUGAUGUACUGGUCAACUCUUCAGCUAGAAUUGUUGAGGUCCACAACGCUGAGACAGUUGAAGAUACUAAGACAGAGGGAUCUCAGAUAGACAUGCUGCAUUGCAAAGUGUUUGCACCUCCUACCCCCAGUGUGUGGACAACACAACGAGAUGGAGAAGUCAAACUGAGGAUGGAUGAACAUGGCAUAGGCAGUGAGAAACCAAAGACAAUUCCUGAGCUAUUUGACGAAGCCGUUAAAAAAUACGGUAAUUGUUGUGCCCUUUCAUACAAAAAGGAUGGCCGUUGGAUGAAGGUGUCAUAUAAGACGUACUAUGGUGAAUGUUGGACUGCAGCAAAAAGCUUUCUGAAGUUGGGACUAGAGCGUUUCCAUGGAGUAUGCAUCUUGGGAUUUAAUGCUGCAGAGUGGUUUAUUGCUGACAUUGGAGCGAUCCUUGCAGGUGGACUUGCUGUUGGUAUCUACACUACAAGCUCUCCUGAGGCCUGCCAUUACGUAGCAGAGAACUGUGAUGCUAACGUUAUUGUUGUGGAAAACCAUAAACAGCUGCAGAAAAUCUUAGAAAUUGAGCAUAAACUACCUCUUCUGAAAGCUAUUAUCAUGUAUGGGGAAGAACCAAGGGAGAAGAGACCAAAUCUGUAUUCUUGGGAGCAGUUCAUGGACCUUGCCGAUCAUGUUACAGAUAAUAGUCUCAUGGAUAUCAUUGCGUCACAGAAGCCUAACCAGUGCUGCACACUAAUAUAUACCUCAGGAACAACUGGACAGCCAAAGGGAGUAAUGCUCAGUCAUGACAAUUUGACGUGGACUGCAGCAGCAGCGGGGCGUUUCAUACAACUCACGGAUGGUACAGAAAAGCAAGAACGGGUGGUCAGCUAUCUGCCCCUCAGUCACAUUGCUGCGCAGAUGAUAGAUAUUUGGUUGCCAUUAACCUAUGGCGCGCAAGUUUUCUUUGCUCAACCAGAUGCAUUAAAGGGCACCUUGGUAGACACCCUGCGGGAGGUGAGGCCAACUGCUUUUUUGGGAGUUCCUCGUGUCUGGGAAAAAAUGGAAGAAAAAAUGAAAUGUGUAGGCGCAAAAUCAUCUGCACUCAAAAGAACAGUGGCAUCCUGGGCCAAGGAAGUCGGGUUGCAGACAAACCUGAAACGGAUGAAUGGGAAUACUGAAGUCCCAGUGAACUUCCGCUUAGCCAGGCACUUGGUAUAUAAGAAAGUUCGAAAGGCUCUCGGACUGGAUCGGUGCACAAAGUGCUACACAGGAGCUGCUCCAAUUACCAAAGAGACGCUAGAAUUUUUUCUGAGUCUGAACAUUCCUGUGUAUGAGCUGUACGGCAUGAGCGAGAGCUCUGGGCCUCAGACAAUCUCUCUGCCUCACGCGUUCAGGAUUACCAGCUGUGGAAAGGAAAUUACAGGCUGCCGGACACUGAUUCACGAGCCAGAUGGUGAGGGCAAUGGGGAGAUCUGCUUCUCAGGAAGACACGUCUUUAUGGGCUAUUUGAACAUGGAAGAAAAAACCAAAGAGGCAAUUGAUAAAGAUGGCUGGCUGCAUUCAGGUGACCUUGGCAAGAUUGAUAAAGAUGGAUUCCUCUACAUCACUGGCAGAAUUAAAGAGCUCAUCAUCACUGCUGGAGGUGAGAACAUUCCUCCUGUUCCGAUUGAGGAUGCUGUAAAAGAGGCUGUUCCCAUCAUUAGCAACGCAAUGUUGGUUGGAGACAAAGCAAAAUUCCUUGCUAUGCUUCUAACGCUAAAGUGCCAAGUAAAUGAAGAAAAUGGAGAGCCAGGAGAUGACCUCACUCCAGAAGCUAUUGAAUAUUGCUGCAAACUGGGCAGCAAGGCUACCAAAGUCUCUGAAAUCAUAAGUAGCAAAGACCAAGCUGUUUAUGCAGCUAUCCAGAAGGGAAUUUCAGCUGUCAAUGACAGAGCAGUCUCGAAUGCUCAGAAAGUCCAGAAGUGGGCCCUUCUGGAAAAGGACUUUUCUCUCUUUGGGGGAGAGCUCGGCCCAACAAUGAAACUGAAGAGAACAGCGGUGGCACAGAAGUAUAAAGACCAAAUUGAUCGGUUUUAUACUGAUGCGGAUACGCCAACUACAACAGAGAAUGCUGUUCGGAAGUAACAUGGAGGCUCUGUGACUUGGUAUGCAACUCUUCCCCUGCUAUGUAAGUGUACUAUCAGCAUGGACUCUUAAUGACGGAUUAAGUGGGUUUUGCUGAAAUAAAGGAGGCUCAGUCAUCA